UGGCUUAAUCUUUGCAUAUCGCUUAUUAAACAAUUUAAUGAAUGAUUUUAGGAAGAUGAAGGAAGGUUUUAUCAAAAUCUCUGGUGGGCCUACCCACGUAAUUACUUGGGGACGUUGGAUAGAAGAGCCUAUGGAUAAUGUGCCCGAGAUUGUGAUAUGUAUUCCAGGUAAUCCCGGCUUAGUUGGCUUUUAUACCGAAUUCCUGCACUUAUUGUAUGAGCAAUUGGGUGAAAAAAUUCCGGUUUGGAUAAUUGGUCACCUAGGACACGAAGAACCUUCAAAGGAUUGCAAAACGGAAGUUCCUUGCCUUAAAGGAAAUGAAAAAAUAUUUGAUCUGAAUGGACAGUUAAAUCAUAAAAAGGAAUUUAUUCAACGUUUUGUGCCACGCAAUACAAAAAUUCAUUUAAUUGGUCAUUCAAUUGGAGCAUGGAUGGUGAUGAAUUUGUUAGAAUUUCAGGAUAUUCGGCAGCUGGUUAAAAAAUGUUACCUUCUAUUUCCAACAAUAGAGCGUAUGAUUGACUCAUCAAACGGUUGGAAUUUCACCAAAAUUGGGAUUCCACUAUACACAGUUCUAGGAUUUGUAAUUCCAUUGUUUAAUCGGUUACCAAAAUAUCUUCAAAUUUGUGGAGUACAAAUAUAUUUCUGGCUCUUAAACAUACCGAAGUCGUUUAUUGAAACCGCUUUAGAAUACUCGAAGGCUCCUGUGAUGGAAAAAGUAAUAUUUUUAGCAAAAGAUGAAAUGGUACGGGUACGUGAUUUAGAUCAAAGUUUGAUGGAGAAACAUUUACCAUUGUUAAAGAUGUAUUAUGGUACGACGGAUGGUUGGGUACCAGUCGAGUAUUAUAAUGAAAUAUGCAGAAAAUAUCCCAAAAUUGAUGCUGAAUUAGAUAAAGAGUCUAUAGAUCAUGCAUUUGUAUUGAGAAACUCGGAGUCAAUGUCCCGAAUAGUAGGUAAAAUGAUUAAGCAACAUUCAGAAAUAUUGAAAUGAAUGCAUAGCUUUCCAUAAUUUUUUCUUUGCCAUAAAAUUAAUAAUAUAUGUAUAUGUAAUUAGAAAUUUUUUUUCAUACAUACAUAUAUAUAGAUGUCGAUAACUAUCAUUAUCGGAUUAAAUCCGACUAAUAAUUACAUAUAUUAAAUGAAACAAAUGUUAUUAA